GAGGAAACUACAGGAGCCGGGGCGAUGGGACACCGUGGGAACUAAGGGGAGAGCGGGAGCGGCGGAGCCGGGAAGAAUCGGCGCUCAGGGGCUGAUCUGUUUAAUACAGAGCCGGAAUUCCAAGAAUUUCCAUGUUACAGAAAAUGGCAGAGGCUGAAGAAAGACUAGAAACAUUACAGAUAUACAAAGUUCUUCAGUGCGUUCUCAAUCAAGACAAAGAACAGUUAGAAAAGCUUAUCAGUCUUGGAAUAAAGGAUCUUAUAAACUCCACUGAGCCCCGCAAUGGUGAUGGAGCCCUACACUUGGCCGCUGCAGCAAAUAACGUGGACAUGUGUGUGUUCUUGCUUAGUUUAGGAGCCCAGCCUAAUAUACAGGACCUAAACGGAUGCACCCCUGCUAUGAAGGCUACAGAACAUGGCCAUGAUCUAGUAUUGGAAGUUCUAGCCAAGGCAGGAGCUGAUAUGUCUAUUGUUAACAACAAAGGGAAAGGGAUAUUAUUUUACUGUAUUUCUGCAACUAAAAGACAUUUGCGGUGCCUACAGAUUGCCCUGGACUAUGGCGCUGAUGUUAAUAACUGUACCACGGAAGGCAUGCCGAUUCUUUUUGGCGCUUGUGAGCAAGCGCAGGACUGUAAAGCGAUGUGUCUGAAAUUAUUGGACAAGGGGGCUAAUCCGAAUUCUAGUAACCCAAAAACAGGACGCACGGCUUUAAUGGAAGCCGCAAGAGAAGGGGCUCUGGAGGUGGUUCGAAGCAUCUUGGAAAAAGGAGGAGAUGUGAAUGCUAUCGAUAAUGAGAGAAAUCACGCUGUGCAUUUUGCAGCCAAAGGUGGAUUUUUCGAGGUAUUAAAGGUCCUGUCUGCAUACAAAGCAGACAUGGGAAUAAUUGCGAUGGAUGGAAACACAGCACUUCACCAUGCUGCAAGCGGGGGGUUUUCAGAGUGCUGCAGGUUCUUAGGGCAGAGAGGCUGUAAUCCUCUGUGGAAGAAUGUAAAAACCAUGACUCCCAAAGACCUCGCCAAAGAAGGGGGUUUCAAAGCAGCAGUAAAGGAAAUAGGAAAAGUAACACGUCUUUUUAAAAAAUAUUCCAAACCCACUGCACAAAAUCCAAAUCCAUUAUGGGCACUUACUCUACACGAUUGGGCGUCUGUGCAUGAAGCUGUCCUUCGGGAAAAGUUUCAGCUGUUGGACAAAGGGGAUGGAACAGUAGGGAAGGAAGAAUUUGCCUCUGCCCUUCUGGAGGCAGGAGCUCCCAUAACUCCGGAGCAGCUUCAGAAUAUUCUAGGUCGUCACGAGAAAGGACGAACAGGGACCCUAAGUGUAGAGGAAUUUUUGAAAGGUUCCAAGUAUCUGCAAAAGGCAUUUUUACUCUCUUCCUAUGGCCUGAAAAAGAAAAAGGGCAAGAAGAAAGGCAAGAAAGGAAAAAAGGGAAAACUUUCCUUGCCCAUGCCUAUAUGUACAAUGCCAAGUGACUUCAUUUCACGCCGCGAUGAUGGCGGCCCUCCCAAAUUUCUAAUCCCAACUUUUCAAAAUGUCACAGACUUAAAUCGUUUCGACUGGGAUCACCCUCCCCAGAAUCCUCUAACUGAUGACACCGGCUGGUACAUUGAUGAGCCAGAGAAAGUGUAUACCCACAUCAGUGUUGCCACCAAGACUGGAGAUAUGGAAUCCCUGAGGAAAGCAUUUGAAGAUGGCGUGCCUCUGGAUGUCAAGGAUAUGUUCUAUAAAACUCCACUUAUGUCUGCUUGUGCUUCAGGCAACCUGAAUGUUGUCCAAUAUCUUCUUGAACAAGGUGCUGACGUCAAUGCAACCGAUAAUUUUUUGUGGACGCCUUUGCACCAUGCCUGUCACGCCAGCCAAGACGCCAUAGCUGACCUGCUGCUUAAACACGGUGCCAAGAUUGACGCCCUUGCUUUCAACGGAUCCACACCAUUAAUGAGGGCAAUUGAAAGUGGGAGUUUGAACUGUGCUCAUUUACUAAUAAAUUCUGGUGCAAAAGUACAAAUACAGAACAAAAAAGGUCAGACAGUUUUAGAUGUUGCAAAGGCUUAUGCUGACUACCGGCUGAUAGACAUGAUACAAGCCAAACUAGACAGCUUGCCUAAGCCAAAGGAGAAGAAGGGGAAGACGAAAGGAAAUAUGGAAGGCAAAGCGAAAGGACCCAAAACGCAGACCCCUGGACCCAGUGAUCCAGCACAUAUCAAACAAGAGUUGAUCCAAACAAAACUCGCUGUUCCUUCAAAGGAGAAGAAAAGUGGCAUCAUUCAUCUUAACAGCAUGAUUACUGCAGGCGAAACAAAAAGAGUCGAUAUAACCUUUGUGCCUAAAUCGGUCUGGAUUGCUGAGCCCACCACCGCAGAGCGAAUGAAAAAGAGGGAAGUGCGACGGCAGAUCUUCUCUUAUGACGUGGACUUUGAUAACUUUCAAAUGCCUUUUACCAAGAACCUCACUGAGAAACCUCUAACAGCAGUUCCAUCCGUAUAAUAAUGGAGCAAGGUGCAUAGUGGGCAUUCCAGCCAAUGGAAACGCAGGCUGCUAACAGAUUUCUGCACUGUUCUAAGGGGGGAUAGUGCUCACAGUGUUGGCAGCCAGAUUUAACCUGGUUAAUAAAUUCGAUAUCGGCAA